GGGUGACGUCGCCCGGCGGCCCCCGCCCCCGCCGCGCCUGGCCGAGGCUGAGCCGCGGCGGCCGCUGCGGGGCUGAGAGAAGAUGGCGGCGCCGGGCGAGUACUUCAGCGUGGGCAGCCAGGUGUCGUGCCGCACCUGCCAGGAGCAGCGCCUGCAAGGCGAGGUCGUCGCCUUCGACUACCCCAGCAAGAUGCUGGCGCUCAAAUGCCCCUCUUCCAGUGGAAAGCCUAAUCACGCAGAUAUCCUGCUUGUAAACUUACAGUAUGUUUCAGAAGUGGAAAUAAUCAACGACCGCACAGGAACGCCUCCUCCUUUAGCUUCACUCAAUGUUAGCAAGCUUGCCAACAAAGCACGGACGGAGAAGGAAGAGAAGAUGAGCCAGGCGUAUGCAAUUAGUGCUGGUGUCUCUCUGGAGGGGCAGCAGCUCUUCCAGACUAUACAUAAGACCAUUAAGGACUGUAAAUGGCAGGAGAAGAACAUAGUUGUGAUGGAAGAAGUUGUUAUCGCCCCUCCCUAUCAAGUGGAAAACUGUAAAGGCAAAGAGGGAAGCGCGCUGAGUCACGUACGCAAAAUAGUGGAGAAACAUUUUCGAGACGUGGAAAGCCAAAAGGUAAUGCAGCGUUCACAAGCACAGCAGACACAGAAGGAGACCUCCCUCUCGUCCUGAGGCCCACCUCCCGGCGCCGGGGUCUCCCCCGCCGCCCCGCCACCGAGCCACCACCGGAGGCGGGAGGGCGGCGGCGGGGGGGUUCAACUUUUAUUUCCUUUUUCGAGCUCGUUAAUGGGGAGCUCAACCGAUUCCAAACCUUAGACUUUAAAACAAACGAGAAAAGAGAAUAAUUUAAAAGCUCAUGCA